AUGUUGUCACAAAAACCAGGCAACAAUGACGCGACCGGUGUCCACGUAGAGGACACGGCGCUAUCGACGGCUACGCCGUCUGACGCAGAAGCCAUUCAGACGCUUUUGGACGUUUUCGGUGCCACACCGGAACUCACCAACUCGAAUGACUUAAAUGAGUACCUCACUUCACCCCUCAUCGACUCGCCUUUCGAUGAUGAGCUGCUCACUACGCCUGCAUUCGGCUCUGCGGACAUCAACGCGGACAUCUUCACGAGUCCGCUUUUGGAUGAUUUCGGGGGUGACUCGUUCGGCGAACUCCCGUCUCUCUUUGAUUCUAUUUAUCCCCCAUGCAAGCCCACUGAAUCAUACCACCUUCCCACCAACUUCGAUGAACUAUAUCAAAUGUCUCCCGACACUCCAAUGAUCAACACUCCAUUCGAAUCGCCCCUCGACUCUCCUGCCAAUCAUCGUCCACCACAGCGCAAAGUGGCUGUGACUGGCACGCGUAAGAACAUUACGCCAGAGGCUCUUGUCCCUGUCGAUGCUCCCACACAGCAGCGCAAGUACCUUACCCCGUCAGUGACCUCUCGUAAGGAGGUACCUGCUGUCUUCGCUCGGAAGCGGGCGCGUACAGCUGCUUUCGGUGACGAGCAGGACGAGCUCAACGAGGAUGUGCGCAUUCUUCCUUCCAUGACUGAGCAGGAGCAGAUUGAGGCAAAGAGGCGCCAAAACACAGUCGCUGCUCGACGGAGUCGCAAGCGCAAGCUGGAGUACCAGCGCGAGUUGGAGGAGAGUGUUGAGCAAUACAAGCGUGAAAGUGAGAUCUGGAAAUCGAAGGCUAUGACUUACCAGGCCCUGCUGCGAAGUCAUAACAUCGACUAUCCCGAGCUUCCAGACCCAUGA